AUGAGGAAGUGGACGGUACCUUCCGUUCUGUUUCUGUUAUGCCUUCUCUUUCUCCUUCCAGAUCAAGGUCGGAAGUUGCAUGCAAAUGCAGAGGGUGAUUCUGACGCUCCAGUAGAUCCACCAAAGGUUGAAGAAAAGAUCGGCGCUGUUCCAAAUGGUUUAUCCACCGAUUCUGAUGUUGCUAAAAGAGAAGCUGAGUCGAUGUCCAAGAAAAAUCUCCGCGCAAAUGCGGAGAAGUUCGAGUUUCAGGCUGAGGUGUCUCGGCUUAUGGACAUCCUUAUCAACUCUCUUUACAGCAACAAGGAUAUUUUCUUGAGGGAGCUGAUCUCCAAUGCUUCUGACGCACUGGACAAGAUUAGGUUCCUCUCACUCACGGACAAGGAGGUGUUGGGUGAAGGUGAUAACACCAACCUUGAGAUCCAGAUUAAAUUAGACAAAGAAAAGAAAAUUCUGUCAAUCCGUGAUAGAGGUAUUGGUAUGACGAAGGAAGAUUUGAUAAAGAACUUGGGGACCAUAGCUAAGUCGGGAACUUCAGCUUUUGUGGAGAAAAUACAGACAAGUGGAGACCUCAAUCUCAUUGGGCAAUUCGGUGUCGGGUUCUACUCAGUCUAUCUUGCUGCCGAUUAUGUAGAAGUCAUUAGCAAACAUAAUGAUGACAAACAGUAUGACGUCUGGAGCCUUGUGUUUCAAUGA